CUCUGGAGCCUAGGCGACCACGCGCCAUUUGGGGGCAAGUUUUAGUCGCUCGUAGUUCCUCUCAGGUGCGGAAAGAUAAGAGAUUUAUCCGCGGAGAGAAAAUAAACCCACCCUCGACAUCGGUAUACUAUAACCCCCCUGGACUCGGUGGAGAGAAGGAUCUUUAGCAUUCAUCCAUUCAAAGGGGAUUCGGAACGUGAACGGAGGAGGAGGAGGAGAUGAGAGACAGACUGAGCUCACUGCGCUCCCUGUCUGGGACGAGUGGCCAGCAGGAGGAGGUGAACUCCACAGAGUCGGUCCGUGAGGAAGAGGAGGAGGAGGAGGAGGAAGAGGUGCAGCUGGAGCCCCCCGCCGAGGAGCACAGGAGCAGCCGGGACGUGGAGCAGGUGCUGGAGCAGGCGCUGGAGGUCCGGCGGGAGGUCCAGUUGCUCCGUCUGGACGUGAGGCGUCUCCGCGAUCAGAAUGUGCGCCUCCUGAGCGGGCCCCCCUGCGCCGCCUCCUCCUCCUCCUCGUCCUCCUCCAGGGAGCUGUGGCAGCAGGAGUCCAACGGCAUCGCCGGCGGCAUCAAGACCCGCGCCCAGGGGGCGCUCACGAGCCUGCGCCGGAUGGACGCCCGCGCCAAGCAGCUGGAGGAGGAGCUCGGCGUCAACUCGGCCGCGGCGCGCAUCGCCCGCACGCAGUACGCCUGCCUCAGCAACGGUCUCCGGGACGCCAUGGCCGACUACAACGAGGCGGAGAUGAGCCACCGCGAGGCGUGCAAGGCCCACAUCCAGCGGCAGAUGGAGAUCGUGGGGCGCGAGGUGGACCUGGAGGAGAUCGAGGACAUGCUGGAGGACGGCGGCGGCCAGUGGAGCGUCUUCACGCAGGACCUCACGCGGGCGUCGGAGGGCAAGACGGCGCGCUCCGCCCUCGGGCAGAUCGAGCGGCGUCACCAGGAGCUGCGGGAGCUGGAGGGGCGCGUGCGGAGCGUGCACGAGGUGUUCCUGGACGCCGCCCUGCUGGUGGAGGAGCAGCGCCCCAUGAUGGACGCCAUCCAGACCAGCGUGCAGUACACAGAGGUGGCCACCGGGGACGCGCUGGACAGGAUCGUCACCGCCAAGAAACACGACAGGAGCAACCCCUUCAAAAAGCUAUUCUUCAGGAAGCGCUAGCGCCACUAGCAUGACUAGCGGGACUAGCAUGACUAGCGCAACUAGCAUGACUAACCCAACAGACCUCAUCUCCACAGGACCCGCGCCAGCGCUAACUAGCCCUUUAUGCAGGCCGCUAGCGCUAACUAGCCCUUUAUGCAGCGCUAACUAGC